AUGGCAUCUACCGCAUCUCAGAAACCAGAAGAUCGCGAGGGAAAGGACAAGUACACAGGAAAGCAGGUAUUCGAGGUUGACGAAUGUACAUCUAGUCAGGCCAGCAGCGAAGCAAGCGACAACUCACGCACCUUGUGGCAAAACGUCAAGAAGUACCGCAAAGUUACCUACGUUACAUUCGGUCUCACCUCCGCAAUCCUACUCUAUGGCUACGACAAUGUUGUGGUUGGCACCGUCUCUGCCAUGCCAAUAUUCCAAAAGGACUUUGGUAUCUUUUACGAGGGUAAAUGGAUCCUCCCAUCGACGUGGCUCGCUCUCUGGAACGUUGCAUCUCCCAUAGGCGGAAUGGGUGGCUCGGUCUUUGGUGGAUGGUUGCAAGACAAGAUUGGACGUCGUCUUGCACUGGCCAUCUCAUCCUUCCUUUCUGCUCUUGGCGUUGCCAUCAUGUACAUCUCGUACCUACCGGACGAUGUCACUGGCCGACGCGUUGCGUUCCUAGUGGGCAAGUUCUUCCAGGGUGGCGCGAUCGGUGCUGUUAUGGCUGCAUGCCAGACGUAUAUGUCUGAGAUCCUACCACCCGCUCUACGAGGAUCUGGCAUGGCUUUCUUCCCCGUCUUCACUUUGCUUGGUCAGCUCACCGGUGCACUGGUCAUCUUCGGUGCGCUGGGCGCAGACAACGGCUACGCCAUCGCGUUUGGGUCCCAGUGGCCUUUCUCCUUCAUUCCUAUCGUUGUCGCCUUUUUCAUACCAGAGUCACCUGUCUAUCUUGUUCGCAAGCGCAAAAUCGACAAGGCACAUGCUGCGCAAGCACGACUAGAUCCACCUGGCACGGACACGAAAGCUAUAAUUGACAAGCUUCUUGCGGACAUUGAGCACGAAGAACAGUCUGGCAAAGUUACAUUCGCCGAGUGCUUCCACAAGAGAAACUUCCGCCGCACCUUCAUCGUCAUGUUCUCAAGUGCUCUUCCUCCUAUCUUUGGCAUUCCAUUGCUUGCCAAGGCAUCCUACUUCCUCCAGCUCGUCAACAUGAAGGCCAACAUCUCAAUCAUUUUUCUCAUUUUGGGUAUCGUUCUGGGACUGAUUGCCAAUUGCGUGUCGGUCUGGAUUAUGGCUCGUGUUGGCCGAAGGCCACUGGUACUAGUGGGUCUUCUGACAUCCUCGGCCCUUUGGCUGUCCAUGGGUAUCGCGAACUGUUUCACGGUUACACCCGCUGUCACAUGGUGGACCGCAGUAUCCAUGAUGCUCACCAUCACCGUAGCUGGCGUAAGCGUCUGGCCUGCAUCCUUCGCCAUUGCCGCCGAGACCUCCUCCCUACAGCUCCGCGCCCGUACCCAGGGCCUCGGCUGGUGCGUCUCAGCACUCGCAACCGCUGUUUCUGGUCUCGCAUUGCCCUACGUCUUCAAUCCUGACGAGGGCAACCUCAGAGGCAAAACAGGAUUCACUUAUCUCGCAACUUGUCUGGCUGGUGCUGCUGUAGCCUGGUGGCUGAUACCAGAGAUGAAGGGCAGAAGUGCAGCGGAAAUCGAUAGGAUGUUCGAGUUGAGAAUGAGCGCGCGUCAAUUCAAGGGCUGGAAGAGCGAGUCGAUUGAAGAGCUGACUGUACGAACUUGA